UGGGAGCACCUGGACCACACGGCGGACGUCCAGUUCCACGCCUGGGGCGCCGACAUGGACGCCGCGCUCGCGAACCUGGGCAUGUGCUUCUUCGACUACGUCACCGAGCUGGGCGCCAUCGACGUCGACCCGGACUGCGCCCAGGCCUUCGAGGUCACGGGCGUCGACAUGCACAAGUUCGUCUUCCGCUUCCUCGACGAGCUCCUCUACCGCUUCGCGGCCGACGGCGUCGCGUGCCGGUCCGUCGCCGUCCGACUCACCCAGCGGCCCGCCGCGGACGGCUCGGGCCACUUCGUCGCGUCCGUGACGACGGCGGGCGAGAAGUUCGACCUCGCCAAGCACCCCCAGGGCACGGAGGUCAAGGCGAUCACCUACUCGGCCAUGCAGAUCCACGAGAACGACGACAAGGCCGAGCUCUUCGUCAUCGUCGAUAUC